AUGGCAGACAGUGGAGGCUGGAAGGAGAGUGAUCAGGACGACCACGCCACACCACGCCACGCCGGCCCCAGCAGCCCGGGACCUGUUCCAUGCUCCACGGCUGAGAUGAGUGAGGGUGUGACGUAUGCCGACCUGCGGUUCUCCAAGGUCCCCCCAGGACGGGGUGUGGCCCCCCGGGUGCAGAGGGCAGCCCCUGCAGCCCCGGGCGAGGCUGAUGACACCUACGAGAACCUCCAGCUGGGCCCCAUGGGCGAGGGGCCGGCCGGGCGCGGGGUCCAGCAAUGCGGAGAGCCCCGGCGGAGCGCCCGACCCCUGCCCCUGGUCCUGCUGGCAGCCUGCCUGGCCCUGCUGGUCACCACCAUCGCCCUGGGGGUCUGCUACUGGCAGCAGGGCCAGUGGCUGCAGCAGGUGUCCGCUGCCCACGCGGCCGAGCGCAAUGGCCUGUGGCAGCAGGCGGGUGCCCAGGAGCAGCGGCUGGGGCAGGCGGGUGCGGCGCUGGUGCAGGCGCAGGAGGAGCUGGCACGGACCCGAGCGGAGCUGAUGAGGGCCUGGCAGGAGGGGAACCACAGCCAGGAGGAGCUGCAGGAGACGAAGGCGGCGCUGGCGUGGGCGCAGGAGGAGGCUCAGGACCUGCGGCAGGAGUUGAACAAGACUGCCACAGCCCUGGCUGAUGUGCGGCCCUGCCAGGUCACAGACUGCUGCCCGGAGACCUGGGUGCUGCACCGUGGGAAGUGCCUGUUCCUCUCCAAGGAGAAGAAGACCUGGUUGGACAGCAAAGAGGCGUGUGCACAAGAGUCCUCCCGCCUCCUCAUUACCCGGGACUGGGACCACAGGACCAUGCCAAGCUUUUUUGCCCACUUGGAGACCUCGUACUGGAUCGGACUCAGGUGGAGAUGGGACCUAAGGACUGAGCCAGAACUGUGGCAGUGGGAGGAUGGCACCCCGUACUCGUUUGAGAGUGCAACAGGUCAUGGGUUAUUUGGAAUAAUAAAAAGGGGCAGCAUCGGGAGAGAAGGCUGGUACGACGACAGGCGCCCCUGGGUCUGCGAGAAGCCGGCUGGCCGCCCCCAGGGAGCCGCACAGGCCGACCCCAGGCUAUGACUGUGGGAGGGUCCCAUGAGGACAGGAGCGCGUGCCUGCAGUAUCGCAACACCAGGGACUCAUGUCCUCUUUUGCCCUCAUCCACUGGACCCUGCGCCCGCCGUGCGUGCGUCUGAGGCUGGCUCCGCCUGCCCCCCACCCUGCCUCUUGCCUUCAGCUCCAGUGGCUCCAGGGACCAGCUCCAACCUGCACCAGCGUGAUCCCCGCACAGUGCCACGGACUCGGCACUGCCUGCUCCCCAAACUGCCCGGCAGACAGGACCAGGCCAGGGCAUUAGGAGAUCCUAGACGCGUAGGACAUGAGGGCUGGAAGGGACCUCAGGAGUCAUCUAGUGCAGCCCCCUGCUCACAGCAGGACCAGCCCCAACCACAUCCUCCCAGCCAAGACAUUCCUGGAUGCUCCCAGGACCCCCGAGCUACACCGGAGCCCAGCUGCUGGACCCCCUAGGCAGGGCCCACAGGCAGAGCCCCAUUCCCCGAUCCAGGCUGUCCCUUUCCCCCGUGCCCAGCCAGGGCAGGAGGGGCCCCCGAGUCCAGCCAGGGGGUCCUGGCAGCCCCGGGUUGCUACCUCCAUGGUGCCAGGUACUGGCCCCCAGGAACUUGCGCAGACCAGGGGGACAGCCCCCCACCACAGGCCUGUUUGUGCCCCCCAUGUGUCCCAUCCCCAUGGAGCUUCGUACUGGGGACCUUCUUGUGCCCCGGGCACAGGGCAGGCAGGACGCAUCAUGGGAUAGGAAGGUUUACUGAACAUUGUAAAGAAGCCAGGAUAUAUUACUGCUCUUUGUGCUGCUCACCGUCAUGGGCAUAUUAUUAAACCCCAGCAAUUGCAUGCA